UUUUCUUUCAAAAAAAUAACAUUUAAGUAUGAGAUUCAAGUGAAGACCAUUCCCAACAUGUAACAUGGAAAGAAACAAUUAUGGUACAGUGCUAAAAUGUUUUGGAAAAACAUAAAAAUGAUGUUUUUAAUCAUUUUUCUUCAUCAUGUUGAUUGCUCUGGAACAUCUGAUAAAAGAGAAGCUGACUACACUUUAGAUGAUUCGUUUUGGAAUGAAGAGACUCCUGCUGGUGAGGUGGAGCGUCUUUUGCGACAAUACCAACAAAACGAAGAAUUGGUAAAAAAUAUAGGAGCACACUUUUACCAGAUAAUAUAUCCAGUGCAAUUAAGACACCACGAAAAAAUGGGAAUAUCUACUAGGGAAGCGGGGACUCCUCGGUUUCCCCAGAAAGGAAGUUACAUUGAAAAUACUUAUGGGAAUUCAAAAAUGAGGUCAAAAGCUGGAAAACAUUUUCAUCGAACUUCGUUGCUAAUUAAAGCUUUUAAUCACAAGUUUCGUCUGGAUUUGGAGCUAAAUACGCAAUUACUUGCUCCAAAUUUGGUACAAAAAGAUUAUCUUACAAAUGAUGCAGAACAAGUAUCAAAACAGGAAAUAGAACACUGCUACUACCAUGGAACGAUAAAAGAUUAUCCAGGAGCUACUGCUGCAUUUCAUACUUGUAAUGGUGUGAGUGGUGUUAUACAUCUGGGAAAUGAAACAUUUGUUAUUCAUCCAUUUUAUGGAGGAGAUAUGUCGCAGAAACACCCACACGUUAUUUUUGAAGCUAGAACCAGAAUCAGUAAAGGUUGUGCCAAUUCAGGAAGCUUGGAUUGGCGAUCUAAAUCUCGACGUCCAAAAACUUUUUCAGAAACUGAAAAUAGUUUUUCUCCAAGAUUUACAAGGGAUGUUCGGGAAGUUACAAAAUUCAUUGAAACAGCUCUCUUUAUUGAUAAAGCAAUGUUUGAUAAAAGAAAUGGAAGUACGAGAACAGAGGUAGUCCAUGACAUUAUUCAAGUAGCAAAUAUAGCUGAUUUGUACUUCCGUACUUUAAAUACAAGAGUGUCGGUGGUUUAUAUUGAAACUUGGCAAGGAGAAAAUCAAAUAUCAUUGGAUAAAAAUACAGAUAUUAGCAGAGCUCUUCUUGAUUUUAAUGAUUACAAAACCAGAAACAUGUUUCAAAUUUUUCAUGACACGGCACAGUUACUAUCUGGUAAAAAUUUUGCUGGUGGCGAAUCUGGAAUUGCAGCACCAGAUACUGUUUGUAGUCAAAAAUCGGUUGGAAUAAGUGUGGAUAUUAAUACCUAUGAACCUCAUUUAUUAGCUGGAUCUAUGGCUCACAUGAUUGGUCAUAAUAUAGGCAUGUCACAUGAUGAUGGAAGAUCAGAUUGUCGUUGUUAUGAUUGGCAUGGUUGCAUCAUGGCUCAAUCAAUUGUUGGUUUAGAAAAUGUUCAACCAUAUAAAUUUUCUGAAUGUAGCAGGGCUGAUUAUGUAACGGCGUUGAAGAAUGGUAAAGACGUAUGUUUAUUAAAUAAACCAAAUGAGCUUGAUAUUAGGCGUCUAUGUGGGAAUAGAAUCAUUGAUGAUGGUGAAGAAUGCGAUUGUGGAACUAUUGAUGAAUGUGCAAAUUUUGAUCCAUGCUGUGACGCUAUAACUUGUAAAUUAUUUCGAGAAGCAGAAUGUGCAUCUGGACCCUGUUGCAAGAACUGCAAGCUAAAAUUAAGUGGAUCUAUUUGUCGAGAAGCAACUAACGAAUGUGACCUACCUGAGUUUUGCUCUGGUAAUGUUGGUUCGUGUCCAAUUGAUGUUUUCAAGAAAAAUGGACACCCUUGCGCAAGCGGCGAAGGAUUUUGUUUCAAUGGCCAAUGUCCUGCCCUUAAUCAACAAUGUCGACAAAUAUGGGGAUACGGAGGAAUGGCUGCAGAUAGACAAUGCUUUGAACAAUUUAAUUCAAAAGGAUCUAUAAAUGGUCAUUGUGGUACAGAUCGUUCAGGUCAUUUCAUAAAAUGUGAAGCAGAAAACGUGUAUUGUGGGCUUUUACAGUGUCAAGAAGGUGGAAAACAACCAGCCAUUGAUGGUGUUGAUACUUUAUAUUCAAGAACAAUAAUAUCAAUAAAAGGAAACGAGUAUGAAUGCAAAGCAACGAUGGAAGAUAUAAAAUCGGAAAGAUCAGUUCCAGGUCUUGGUUUAGUUCACGAUGGCACACUGUGUGGAGAUAAUUUAAUUUGCAUUAAUCAAACAUGUGUCAGCCAAUUUCCAUUCAUACAAAUAUCUAAAUGUCCAAGUAACCAUGGUAAUCACGAGUGUUCAGGUCAUGGGGUAUGUAGCAACAUCAAUAAAUGUCAUUGUGAUCAUGGCUGGAGUGGUCCUGAUUGUUCACUGCAACAAGAGCUGCCGACACAGACAACAGUUAGCAGUGUGGAAAUAACAUUUUCUCCAUCCUCAAAAAAUAAAAUGGAAAAGAAAGAAACGCCUUAUGAAAAUUACCAUGGCUCUAACACAGUAUACUUAGUUAUAACGCUCAUGUCAGUUGUAGGGGGGGUUUUUGUAGUAUUUGCAAUGAUGGCACUUUGCUACAGGUCAGUCGUAGUGCAUAAAAACUUCUCACUCUGCCUCAGAAAAAAAAAUACAAUACAGAAAUUAGAGCCACCAUACUCAAAAAAAUUUGGUCAAAAAAGUUAUGAUGAUGCAACAAAUAAUCAAAAUCCAGAAAUAGAAGCUUUAGAUAGUGUUAACAAAAUCUUGAAAUUUGGGAGGAUGCCUCAUUAUCGUGAUCACAAACAAACCAUUCAGAGGCUAAGCUUAGAUCAAGAUGAUAUUGGGACUACAAAUGAUGAAGUAGUGUCUUUCAUCGAUCUUCCACCAAACACUUUAUCUAAAUUGCCUGAAAAAGGAAUUUUAAAGAAACACGUCGGAUAUGAAUCCAGCGUUAAAAUUGAGAUUCAUGCAUUACUUCACAUUUUACAAGCAACUUUAUGCUGGAAAACGUCGUUUUUGCGUUAA